AUGGCAAGUGGGGGUGACAGAAAGGUUAAAUUGUUAAACAGAAAUGAUGAUAAAACUUUAACACAAGAAAUGUUAACUAGUAAAGUUAAAUCGUUUCCACGAGAUGAAUAUCAAAUUGUAGAUUGGUUAGGUGACUUAUCAACAUUGUUUGAAAUAUUUGGUAUUGAGCAAAAUAAAUGGGUGAAAGAGAUACGUGAUUAUAUCGGUGAUGGCGAUUUAAAACAAUGGUAUGAUAAUACAGGCCAACAUCUUGAUUCAUGGGCAAAUUUUAAACUGGAAGUAAUAGACCAUUAUCAACCAAAACAAGACAAUAAUUUACAAAACAAAUCAGCAACUAGUUCUGAACGUGAUGAUUUAACGUUGGAAGAAUUAGUUAAACAACUUCCAAAAUUUGAUGGUCGAGGUGAUGCAAGGGUAUGGCUAUUACAAUUAGACGAUAAAUUUCAAGAUUUGGAUUUAUCAACGUCGAUUAGACGAGAGAUAUGUCCGUAUGUAGUUAGAGGUGAAGUUUCAUUAUGGUUUUUGGAAAAUAGUGGUAUAAUUACUGAUUGGGAAUCAUUUGCUCGAGAAUUUAUUAAAACAUAUUGUCCGACAAUAGCAGCAACAACAGAAGAAAAACAAAUCGAUCAAAUAUAUUUAAAUUCAGUGAGCCAACCAAAAAUGUCUUUUAAAUCCCAUUCACAAGAUUUUCGAAAAACAUUCACUCGUUACACAUCACCGACAACACCAAGUCAACAACAAAAGGAGCAAGAAAAAACAACAAAUAAAUCAGCUGUUGAGUUUAAGAAAGUAAUGAAUGAUGUCAAAACGUUUUCGGGGAUUUUAGAUAAACAAGCAUCCGAAUGGUGGAAUGAUAUUAUUUAUUUCUUUGAUAUAAUUGAUAUUAAUGAUGAAGGAAAAUUCCGUUUUAUUAGAUCAGAAUUAGUUGGUGAAGCCCGUCGAUGGUAUCAACAAAAUCAAACCACCAUUACAGAUUGGUCCUCAUUUCAACGUGAUUUUAGACAGAAGUAUUUAUCAUCAUCAGAUAUUGAUAAUUAUAUAAAAAUCGAACAAUUAAAACAAUAUAAACAAACAAAAAAUCAAACGUUAAAACAAUAUUAUAGUGAAUUAAUGAAAUUAUGUGACGAAAUUAAUCCAACAAUAACGGCAUUGCUGAAAAAAUCUGAAUCGCUGCAACAAUUAUUUGAUGAAUUACAUCGUGAAGAACAGAUAUUAACAAUUGAAUUGAGUAGAAUUAAUAGUGAAGAACAAAUAAUAUCGUCUGUGAGUAGUGGUAGUCCUCACAUACAAACAAAAGACAAUCAGUCACCUGGUUGUCAAAGAAGCCAAACAACGGACUUUUAUCAAACACAAUUUCCACGUUUCGGUACAAAUCAAUUUUCUUAUCCAUCAUAUUUUUCUCAACCAUAUCGACAACCAUUUUCACACGAACCACCAUUUCAAGUUCAACAACGACGAGUAGCUCCUGUUCAACAAAAGCAAACACGAUUCGACCAAUCGAGACAACAAGAACACGUACAAACUAAAUCACAACAGCAACCAGGUGGCGCAGUUAAUAAUCGAUCAAUGCGGGUUAUGGUGGAUACGGGGUCAUCGGGCAGUUUCAUUAGUACAUCAGCAUUAUUAAAAGUAGGAUAUUAUCAGCGAUUCACCAAGGUAAAGGAGUAUUGGCUAGCGGAUGGUAUCACUCCCCUUGAAGUUUUAGGUAUGGUGGAAUUAAGGGUUAAAAUCUCUGGUAUCACAACGACAAUUCAAGCAUCGAUCACAAAAACAUUAGCUGCCGAAUGUAUUUUAGGAAAUGACUGGAUAGACCAGUUUAAUUAUUUGACUAUUGACAAAAUAAAUAAAAAAUUUACAGUUUAUUAUCGUCAUCAAAAGGCAUCGGUUCCAAUUCAUCAAGCUGAAGACAAGGUAGAUUUUUCAGUCAAGUUGAUAGAUAAUGUCAAAAUAAAACCGUGGGCUGAAGUUACAGUCAAAGUCCGUGUACCAAUUUCAUCGUGUGAAUCAGUUUUAUUUGAACCAAGAUUAAAAUUUCAAUAUCAUAAUUUUGUCAAUGUACAAAAAUCAAUGUUAAAAGUUAAGAAUUAUGUAGCGUUAAUCAAGGUUUACAAUUCAUCGGAUAAAACAUGUUUUUUAAAACAGGAUACCUUUUUAGGUACUGUUAGAAUUUUAUCAUCAACAAUACAUGUAUCAAAUAUCAAUCACAGAGUUGAAUUUGAACGGAAGUAUUUGCGACUCCAUCAAAGUUCUCCGACGUCACAAGAUAGUAUUAACCCAGAAAUAUCCGACAUAAUUGAAAAAUCCACCAGUCAUAUUCAAGAUAAGCAACAACAACAACAGGUCCGUACAAUUCUGCAUAGCCAUCAUCAAUUGUUUGAUAUGUCGAAACCCAAGAUAGCUCCAACAACAGUUCCACCUACCAUCCGGACUGGUGAUCAUCACCCUGUCAAUUCAAAACCUUACAAAACAACACCACAACUGCAAGAAGAAAUGUCACAAAUUAUUACAAAAAUGUUAGCUGCUGGUCAAAUUCGUCAUUCGACAUCCUCUUGGUCUUCACCUGUCGUAUUAAUACAAAAACUUGACGGAAGUUCUAGAUUUGUGGUUGAUUAUCGUAAACUGAACAACAUUACUGACAAAGAUUGUUAUCCAAUGCCAGAUAUUGAAGAUACGAUUAGAAAACUAGCUAGGCACAAAUACUAUACAAAACUAGACCUCAAGUCAGGCUAUUUUCAAAUACCCUUACAAGAGGAAGACAAACACAAAAGUGCAUUUAUUACACGGCAUGGCUUAUUUGAGUUUAAUGUAUUAGCCCAGGGGUUAAAAAAUGGACCCCCGGCAUUUUAG